AUGUCUCACGACGCAGAGAAAGUUAGCGCAGAGCAGUUUGAAGGAUCCAUAAAAAAGCCAGUCACGACAAAUUGGGAUCUUGAAGAAGAGGACUGGACGCCAGAGGAGGAAAAGGCGUUGGUGAGGGCAUUGGAUUUAAGAAUUGUGCCAUUGGUGACAUUGCUAUAUCUACUUUGCUUCAUUGAUAGAUCGAAUAUUGGAAAUGCUCGAAUCCAAGGAAUGCAGGAUGAUGUGGGACUUGAAGGAUUGAAAUUCAAUUGGGCAUUGACAAUCUUCUACAUCUUCUAUCUCAUAGUGGAGAUCCCAAGCAAUAUCCUUCUAAAACACAUUGGCCCUAAAUUCUACAUUCCGUUUUUAAUCUUCGCUUUUGGUAUCAUUUCUCUCUGCACUGCGUUCGUGCAAUCAUUCGCUGGGCUAUGUAUCGCACGUGCAUUCCUUGGUAUCGCAGAGGGCGGUACUAUGCCUGGUAUCGCGUUUCUGCUGAGUUGCUUUUAUAAGCGUCAUGAACUACUGUUCAGAAUUGGGAUCUUUGUGUCUGCCUCUUCCUUGGCGGGCGCUUUUGGUGGACUAUUGGCGACAGGUUUAUCAAAGAUUCCCACAUGGGGGGUAAAUAGCGAUCCUAUUCACAGUUGGCGUAAUAUCUUCUUCUUCGAAGGCCUGAUCACCGUUGGCGUCGCCAUCAUGGGUUACUUCCUCAUGCCUUCUUCCCCAGCCACUUGCAAAUUUCUCACCCCUCGUCAAACCCACAUUGCCACUCUCCGCAUCGCGCAUGAUCACAAGGAGUCCGCCCCCGAGGCCACCUCCCUCCACCAUGUCAAGCGCGCCCUCUUGAACAUCAACAAUCUUUUCUGCGCCUUCGGCUUCUUCUUCAUCAAUGUCACCGUACAAUCCUUCUCCCUCUUCCUCCCCACCAUCCUCAGAGCUCUUGGCUGGACCAGUACCCGUGCGCAGCUGCUUACUGUCCCGCCGAGAGGUAUCUAUCUGUGCUUUUGCAGUUUGUUGACCAUUAUUGGGUAUGCUGUGUUGGUCACGGUGGAUAGCCCGAAUAUCAAGUACAUGGCUGUCUUCUUUGCUGCAAGUGGUGCUUUCCCGCUUGGUCCUGGGUUCCUAAGCUGGAGCUUGAACAAUGCCGCUGGUCCCUCGGUCAGGGCGGUCACGGGAGGAUAUGUAGUCUCAGUAGGAACAGCGGGAGCUAUUCUCGCAACAUGGACCUACAUCCCCUCAGACGGGCCAAACUAUAUCAAGGGGCACUCGAUCAACCUUGGUGCCCAGGCUAUUGCCGCGACAAUAAGUAUCUGUGCAGUCCUGUAUAUCAAGUGGGAAAACAACUUGAGGAAGAGAGGAGGCAGAGACUACAGGCUGCAGGGAUUGACCGAAGAAGAGGCGAGGGGUUUGGGAUACAGACAUCCCGAGUUUAGAUAUAUUGAAUAA